AUAUUAUCCAUGUAUCACACAAAAGUAAUAUAACCUUAAAGUUAGGAAAUAAAAAUAAAAAGAAACAGAAAAAGAGAGAGUUAUCAGAUAUGGAUGGAAUGCAAAUAGCUUUACCAAUUUUGGGCAUUGUAGGAGCUGCAGCUUUGACCUUCUAUGCAGUGAGUUUCAAUGAGAUCAGAGAGAAAUCAUUACGAGAUUAUGAUGAAUCUGAAUCCGAAAAUGGAGGUUAUAGGUUAACAUCCCGUUCCCGAGAGAGGCGAGCUAGAAGACAAGCUAGUAAAAAUACCAAAAACUAACUUCCACCAAUUAAUUAUCAUCAUUUUUAUACUUGUUUGUUAUUGUGCUGUCAUAUUGUUGGAAACUAUAUAUAAAUAAAGACCCACGUUUUUAGACUCAGUCAAUUCAAUGGAUAAUGCUAUAUGACCAAAUGAAAGGAAUUUUGAAAAGGGAAA